AUGCACGAAAAGUACGGCGAUUUCGUGCGUACAGGACCUCGUGAGAUCUCGAUCAAUCGCGCAUCGGCCGUUUCCACCAUUUAUGGGUCGCCAUCGCCUUGUACAAAAUCUCCUUGGUAUAGCCAUGUAUCCGACGAUAAGACAAUGACUUCGCUGAACUCCACUCGCGAUCCUGAUGUACACCGUCGCAGACGGAAGGCUUGGGACCGCGGUUUCAGCAUCAAGGCGAUUGCAACCUACGAGCCAAGCGUUCGCAGCAAGGUCAAUGUUCUUGCCACUCAGAUCCGUGCCAGACUAAACAAGCCUGUGGACAUCUCCAUGUGGACGAUGUUUCUUGCCUUCGAUGUUAUGGGUCUUGUAGGAUUUUCUGAAGAUUUUCACCAAUUGGAGGAUGGCGUUGAGCAGGCUGCUAUCAAGGAGCUUCACCAACAAAUGCUGUUUCUUGGAAUUUUGAAGCCUUCGCCAUGGAUUCUGACCAUCAUUGGCGCCAUCCAAGGUUUGGUGGGUGACUAUGGGCAGUUCAUGACUGUCUGCACCGACAGAGUCGCGGAUAAGAAGGCGAAAUGGGCCGCACAACCCGAAGAAGCUGGCGAGAAAGUCCCCAAGGAUGUCAUUUCUUGGCUACUGAAGGCUAUCGAGGAAAAAGACCCGAAUGCCCCGCCAGGUAAUCAAGCGCUCAAUGAGGAUUGUCGUCUCAUGAUGAUCGCUGGAAGUGACACCACGGGUGUGACUCUAGCCCACGCGUUCUACUAUCUCGCCAAGAACCCAGCUAAGUACAAAAGUUUGCAAAAGGAGCUCGACAAUAACUUUGGAAGCAAUUCGGAUCCAUCGCAAUUCAGCAACGACAAGCUCAAAGACCUCUCUUACCUUGAAGCCGUCAUCAACGAGACCCUCCGCCUCAAGCCUGCGGUCCCUAGCGGUCAGCCCAGACUCACUCCACCUGAAGGUUUACAGAUUGACGAAGUCUGGGUCCCAGGGGACACGAUCGUCGUUCUGCCGCAGUAUGUUCUUCAGCGGGACGAGCGUCAUUUUCCCUCCGGGUCGGAAUUCAUUCCCGAGCGAUGGCUCGAUGAGAAGAACGAAUUGGUCAAGCAUGAUGAAGCAUUCUUUCCAUUCCAAUUAGGUCGAUACGGCUGCGUCGGAAAGCAGCUCGCACUUAUGGAACUUCGAGCUGUCAUUGCCCGAUUGGCGUACGAUUUCGAUCUUGCCUUCGCACCUGGAGAAGAUGGAGUUUCUUUUGAUGCCGAUUCGAUGGAUACGUUCACUUUUACUAUUGGCUCAUUGAAUUUAGUCUUCACAGACCGUGCGCGGAAAUAG